GGUUUGGCCGGGAGCCCCGCCCCCUCCCCAGGAGGUGUGCAGCCCGAGUGCAGCCUGUGGAGUGCAGCUUGAGUGCAGCCCAAGUGCAGCCUGAGUGCAGUCUGAGUGCAGCCUGUGAAGUGCAGCUUGAGUGCAGCCUGUGAAGUGCAGCCUGAGUGCAGUCUGAGUGCAGCCCGAUUGCAAUUUGAGUGCAGCCGGAGUGCAGUCUGAGUGUGCGGAUGAGGGAGAAGUUGGAGAAGGAGAGAGAAGAGGCAGGAACCAAGGAGGGAAAUUAUUCUCCGCUCUCGGAUCAGUACAUCUGGGAUCUAAGGAUAAAGCAGGAAUACUGGCACAUGUGUCGGGCAUUGUCUGUGCCCCACUAUGGAUCUAGGGGGUAUAUGGCUGCCGCUGGCGUAAGGAUUCCAUAGCCAUUUGGGCCAGCAUGCCCUCUGCAUCUCACUGCCUCCCCAGAACUGCUUCGGACCGCAGGAUGACCUGGCUGUGCCUGUCCUGUAUGCUCUGGCCUGAAGACCUGGAAGGGCAGAACCUUCAUACAUUCAAGGUGAAGACCUUUAAGAAGGUGAAAUCGUGCAGCGUGUGCAAGCAGGCCAUCACCAGAGAGGGCAGUGCGUGCCGGGUUUGCCGAUUGUCGUGCCACAGAAAAUGUGAAGCCAAGAUUGCGUCGCCCUGUACUCCUCGGGUCAAUUAUGAGCUGCCGUCAAGCUCUGAAAGCCCCCAGAAGAAUGUAGAAACCACAGGAUCCACCAAAUCCUCCAGAAGCACUCAGUCCCGCCGCAGACCAUCAAGGAGCAUUAGCCUGAUUCACGCCAUGGAGGACAGCUGCGAGUUGGACCUCACCUACAUCACCGAGCGGAUCAUCUCCGUCACCUUCUCCACCGGGACGGAAGAGCCCACCUUCUGCCGGAACCUGAAGGAAGUGGCGCAUAUGCUGAAGUCCAAACAUGGAGACAAUUACCUGAUCUUCAACUUGUCGGAACGCAGACAUGACAUCAGCAAGCUCCAUUCCAAGGUGUUGGAUUUCGGAUGGCCGGACCUGCACGCGCCGGCCUUGGAAAAAGUCUGCAGCAUCUGCAAAGCCAUGGACACCUGGCUCAACGCCGACCCUCACAACGUCGUCGUCAUCCAUAACAAAGGCAACCGAGGGCGGACAGGUGUGGUGAUUGCCGCCUAUAUGCACUACAGCAACAUAUCUGCCAGUGCAGACCAAGCCUUGGACAGGUUUGCCAUGAGAAGGUUCUAUGAAGACAAAGUCCUUCCAGUAGCUCAACCUUCCCAAAAAAGGUAUAUAAACUACUUCAGUGGGCUUCUCUCUGGCGCCAUGAAAAUGAACAGCAAACCUCUCUUCCUGCAUCAUGUGAUCAUGCAUGGGAUCCCCAACUUUGAGUCCAAGGGAGGUUGUCGGCCAUUUCUGAAGAUCUACCAAGCGAUGCAGCCUGUAUACACCUCGGGCAUCUACAACGUGCAAGGGGACAGCCAGACGAGCAUCUGCAUCACCAUAGAACCGGGGCUGUUACUAAAAGGUGACAUCUUGCUCAAGUGCUACCACAAGAAGUUCCGCAGCCCCACGCGGGACGUCAUAUUCCGGGUGCAGUUCCAUACGUGCGCCAUCCAUGAUCUGGGAAUCGUGUUUGGGAAGGAGGAUCUGGACGAAGCUUUCAAAGAUGAGCGUUUUCCCGAAUAUGGAAAAGUGGAAUUUGUUUUUUCAUAUGGACCAGAAAAGAUACAAGGCAUGGAGCACCUGGAGAAUGGACCCAGCGUCUCUGUGGAUUAUAACACAUCCGACCCUCUGAUUCGCUGGGACUCCUAUGAUAACUUCAACGUGCACCGGGAAGACAGCCUGGAAGAGGUUGGACACACUCAAGGCCCCUUGGAUGGAAGCCUGUACGCCAAGGUGAAGAAGAAAGACUCUACGAACGGCAGCACCAGCACCGUCAACGCCAGCGGAAUUCCGUUGUCUGCCGCGCCCAAUCACAUUGAACACACCCUGUCCGUGAGCAGCGACUCCGGCAACUCGACUGCUUCGACCAAAACCGACAAGACCGAUGAGCAAGUGGCCACGGCGGCUGCCAACCAAGGGUUGACCCCUGAGGAGAAGCAAGAGUUGGAGCGGCUCCUGAGCGGCUUUGGCUUGGAGACCGAAGGGCAGAUGCACAAUUUAAAUCCGGGCACAUCUGCAGCAGCAGCGAUGCUUCACGUUGUGCCGGCGCAAGUCCACGUCAAUGGGGAACGGACAUCUCCGCAGGUGGAACGAGAGACAGAUAUUCUUGAUGAUGAUCUGCCCAACCAUGAUGUUCACAGUGUUGGAAGCUUGGGGACCCUGUCUUCGUGUGAUGUGAUUCCAAGCUUGAGUGAGACUGGCUACCAGGAUUCUCACCUUCGCAUGUCCCCCUUGACCAAUGGUCCAGCCACUGUUAAUGGCAUUGAUAACCUGCAAAAACAUGGGUUUAUUGGUAAAGAGACGAUGAUUAAUGGCGGCUACCCGUACAACAACCAGAAUGUCUUAAAAAGCGCUUUGAUCCCUCAUUCCCAGGAUGCAGGGAUCCAUAUGCGACCUUCCGUGUCUGCUCAUGAAAACUUAGCCUAUCAAGUCAACCAGCCCAACUGGGGACAACCUUCUCCAUCAAAUGUAACACAAAAGCACUUAUACUAUUAUGACCCGAAUGGCAUGUACCGUUCACAGUCGUACACCGCUGCCGAACCAGGGAAAUUCGAAAACAUUUCUCAACUACCCCAAGCUCCAGCCCGUAGCGUUAGUAGCAGAGAGGCGGUGCAGAGGGGCCUUAACUCGUGGCAGCAAAGUGGAAGCAGGCCCCCAUCCCGGGAUGGAACUACUGAGAAUCAAGUUGCCAGUCCUAGCCCGCAGCCAAGCACUUUCCAGACUGUUCCACAGAGCCACAGCAUCCCAGAAUUCCCCAAAAUGGCUUCCCAGAAGGAGAUUGAGCAGUCUAUAGAAGCACUUAAUAUGCUUAUGCUGGACCUGGACCCUUCAUUCUCACAAAUGCACAAGUCUCAGAGUGUGCCUGUUGCCCCUAGAGAAGAAAGGGUUCUGCCAGUGCAAGGAUCCUUCUCAGCGCAGCCAUCUUUGGGCAUUUAUAGCCAGCCGACUCCACAGGUGGCUACACAAAGGCCUAGCAACGCUUACGUGGCUCCUAGCAUGGUGCAGAGCGCUGGAGCCUCUCAAAGCCAACCACACUUGCCUUCGGAACAGGUUUCGAGAACAUAUUCACCUGGGGUGCAUCAUGACCAAGCUCGGGCUGUUGGGCCAGAAAAAGUUCUGAAUGACUAUCGGGAGCCUUAUGCUGCUGGAACCUUCUCUCCUUAUGGUUAUCAGAACCAACAACCGCCUUUGGCAUUGACAAGAAGCUAUAGCUAUGGAAGUAGUGCUUCGCCAUCUUCGGUUCCACCAUUAUCGGCAUAUAUGCAGAGCAAUACUCAGCAACCCGUCCUUUCUUCUCCUGCUUCUUCUGUGGUCAUGGCUCAACCUCAGCCUCAAUCCCAGUCUCCGACCAGAGAGCCAGACGAUGAACAGUACAGUCUGGAAGGGCUGGUAGCUCACAGAAUUGCUGAGUACAACAACAAACUCCGGAAUAUCCGUAAAAGCAUGAAUAGCCCCCAUCCCCAUGGCGUGCAGCGCCAGCGUUCCUUCACUUUCUCUGGGGUGCACACUCGGGACAAGACUCCGGAUGAGAUCGGGUCCCUGGCACGGAGGCGCACCACCAGCGAGGGGCAAUAUGACGAGGGCAAUGCUGACCUGGGCAGAGCGAGUAGCCCCACCAAGGUGCGCUCCCCAGUGCGCUGCGUCUCCCCGGAAGUCGCCUUCACCAUUGCGGCAAACCCAGGGGGGAGACCCAAGGAGCCCCAUCUGCACAGCUACAAGGAGGCCUUUGAAGAGAUGGAAAUGACGCCGCCAGUGAUCAGCCCGGGGGCCACAGUAGCCCGAUCCCCCCCUGGUUUAGCCAAGACCCCCCUGUCUGCCCUGGGACUGAAGCCCCACAAUCCCGCAGAAAUCGUUCUCCAGCAAUCGGGAGAGACAGUCAGGGAAACAGUAAUUGCUUACAUGGAAGAGCCCAGGAGUUAUGUUGAAUCCGUUGCCCGGACGGCUGCCGCGGGAGGAGUCGCACCCCCAUCACCUACAGGCCCCCAGGCAUAUAGUGUCGAUUCUCUGAUGAGAAAUGGGGGUUACCCCAAUGUUUUCACCUCUCCCAGCCCCAUUUCUACCAGCAGCCCCAUACACAGCACUGAUGGCUCCCUAAGGAGUUACCCGUCGGUGGAGAGCGGCGCCCGUGUCCCCACUCCCACUCAGCCUUCCGUGGAUUCCAGCUUCAGAUCCACCAGUCUAUCGCAGCCGUCGCCCCAAAGCAGUUACCAGAACGCCUCUCCCAUGGUUCCCUACGCUGGCACACCGGCCAGUUCCUAUGAUGGAUACCCUUAUUCCCCCAGCAGUGCCCUCACCCAGACAGACGGCCUCUCCGGGCCACAGAUGAACGCGGUCAUUGGUCACAUGGUUCACGGAAGCCCCAAGGCCGUUCAUAGAACGGUGGGGACCAACACACCACCGAGUCCAGGUUUUGGGAGGAGAAUGGUCACCCCCAAUAUGGCGCCUCCACCCGGAAGUCCAAGCAUGGGCAGACACCCCAUGGCUACACAUAUGGCUGCACCCGUUACAGUAGGUAGCCCCAGCCUUCCUCUCCACCAGGCCUUGAUGACGGGAAAUGCUCCGGUGACUCCUGGUAGCCCCGGCUUGGAGAGACACGUUAUGUAUGGCUAUUCCCCCGCUGAUGACAAACGACCGACACUGUCACGGCAGAGCAGUGCGUCCGGAUACCAGGCACCGCCCACCCCAUCCUUCCCGGUCUCCCCGGCCUAUUACCAUGGCAUGAGUAGCCCUUCCUCCUCCUCUCCUGACUCAACCUUAUACCGGCAAGGGAGCCCAAUCUCACAGCCGUCUCUGCCCGAGAAGAGGAGAAUGUCAUCUGGGGACAGAUCCAACAGCCUCCCCAACUACUCCACCCUCAAUGGAAAAACCUCUUCGCCCAUGUCCAGCGGGAUGUCCAGCCCCAGCGGCGGAAGCACAAUGGCAUUUACUCACACUCUACCGGACUUCUCCAAGUUCUCCAUGCCAGACAGCAGCCCGGAGACCCGAGCAAAUGUGAAGUUUGUGCAGGACACGUCCAAGUACUGGUACAAACCAGACAUUUCCAGGGAUCAGGCCAUCUCCCUGCUGAAGGACAAAGACCCCGGGGCGUUCAUCAUACGAGACAGCCAUUCGUUCCGAGGGGCCUACGGACUUGCCAUGAAAGUUGCCACCCCGCCCCCCAACGCUGGCCAGCCCAGCAAGAAGGGAGAUGUGACCAAUGAGCUGGUUCGGCACUUUUUGAUUGAGACGAGUCCCAGGGGGGUGAAAUUAAAGGGCUGCCAGAACGAACCCUACUUUGGCUGCCUGUCGGCUCUGGUGUACCAGCACUCCAUUACUCCCCUUGCACUGCCCUGCAAACUGGUCAUACCCUGCAGAGAUCCCUCUGAUGAGACCAAGGAGACGGCUGUUCCGGCCAAUUCAGCCUCAGAUUUACUGAAACAGGGCGCAGCCUGCAACGUGUUAUUCAUAAACUCGAUAGACAUGGAGUCGCUGACCGGCCCACAAGCCAUUGCGAAGACCAUCGCCGAGUCUCUCGCCGCCGACCCCCCGCCGGCCGCCGCCAUCGUUCACUUCAAAGUCUCCGCCCAAGGAAUCACCUUAACCGACAACCAGAGAAAAUUAUUUUUCAGACGACAUUAUCCGCUCAGCUCAGUCACCUUCUGCGACCUGGACCCGCAAGAGAGAAAGUGGAUGAAGGCCGAUGGGACACAAGCCAAACUCUUUGGCUUUGUGGCCAGAAAGCAAGGAAGCACCACAGACAAUAUGUGCCACCUGUUUGCCGAACUUGACCCAAACCAACCAGCCACUGCCAUCGUCAACUUUGUGUCCCGAGUCAUCGGCCUGCAGAAGAGAUGAGUAACUCCCACGAAAUUCAUCUUUUUUCCUUAAAUAAGGACUCUUGAAGACACAAGAGAGAACCCACACUAUGGGAGAAGGGGGCGUUACUCCACCCAGCGGAUAAACAACAAAACAACAAUGAAAUCUAAAGGAAACAAACGACGCAAAAGAAGAAAUUUUAAUUAUUCUAAACCCCUCCCCCCUCCGCUGAAGGAAUUGAAGGCACCAACCUAUUCCUUAUUCCCAUUGGCUUCCGGAUCAGCUGACCGCGGCGCCACGUAUAUAAGGUGUUGAUUUUGAUUGACAGAUCUUGCUGUUACUAAACCCUACACACAUAUAUAUAUACAGCUAUAUAAGUGCAUACACAAGGCUAGCAUACACAGGAUUUAUAACGACUCGUUAGGAGAGUAUAUUAUUAGAAGGCAAGAUUUUUAUACACUGCGUUGGAUGUACAGAUCCGGCUCGCUAUCUGCUCUGUUUUAUAUCAAAAACAAAGUAUAUAUAUAUUUUUCUUCCGUCGUGGUUAAUGGAAGGUUGGUUUGGCUCAUUAACGACCCCUGUGUUUUUAGGAAUCAUUUUUGAUUUUGCAUUGAAAACCCCCCACUCUGCCUGCUGUAUGAUUUAUGCCCCUAAUGGUCAGACGGAAGUACUGCAUGCUGGAGGGUGACAACUAGUGGUCAGAGAGAGUAUUGCAACAGCCAAUGGCUUUGCUCAAGCCCUUCGGUGGGGGCAGUAAGUCACGGUUUGCAUGCUGCCCCGGUUUUGCACGUGCCUUUAGCAGCUGUAAUGCGAUUCACUUGAAUGAGCUUUGGUUUGUUGAUGAUCAAGGGGGGGGGGGGUCAAGUUGCACCAGAUCUCCUCAGGUCCCACCAGAUUUAAUUGGGCGCUGGUUGGUGCCAUUUGUGUCGUUGAAACGGGAUCCCAAGCUUCUCAACCACCGUAGAACUACAGCUCCCAGUACCUGGGCUUGUAGGGGAUGCUCAACGACAACCAAGGGUUAAAUACUGCCCCAUUGUCCUCCACCUUCACCCAUAAGGAGAGUAAGGGCCAAUCAGGUGUAAGGUUACACUGUAUACUGUCUUGCUAUUUUGUAUCUUUGCAAGCUGAAUACCCAUAAGCCCGCUGUGCUACUAGAGUGGAGGCUUACUACCUAUUGCUAAACUACACUUCCCACCAUCCCCUGCUGUACGGAUGGGGAAGCCCUUCUAGGGCACAUGGGAAAUCUAGGGCCAACUCUAUGCGCCAUUUGAUAGAACAGAUACACCAAUCAGUGCUGAUAAUGGGGCCCACCAAGGCCUGAGGUCCAAUGGGAGAUCUCCUGUAUUCCAAGAGGCCAAGUUGGACCCUGGUUACAGUAUUAUACUACUGAUUCCCCUCGGGGUGCAGGAUUUGUCAUGGUGGCCAAUCUACUGCAGACGGGGGCCCUUGGCCAUGUAGGAAUGUUGGAGCCACCAACUGGGUGGAGAUGCAAAAUGACAAAAAUUUAGGAUGCUCAAUCCCUAUGGUGCUGGGCCCCCCAACCUAGCCUAAAACUACCCCCGACAUGUAUGAUCCUAUAGGCCCAUGCUUUUGCAUAUAUUAGGAAAUCGUGGCUAUAGCCUCUCCCUAUGUCUAUAGAAGGUCUGAGCAAGUGAGAAGGAGAAGGGGCGGAACAUUUAGGAAGGUGUGUGAGUGUGUGUAGUGUUUGUAUACCAGGAAGAUACCAAACAUUUCUGGGGGUGUUAUUAUGACUACUCUGCCAUAGCCCAUUGCUCCCCUUCCUCUUGGGCAUUAGAUGAAUCCACCCAGGGAUUCUUGGGACUUCCCAUAAUCCUUUGCGAGUGCCUUACUGGUUUCAUGGCCGGGUGAUGAUGUUACUUUUACAAUGGUGUGUCUCCUAGAGCUUUGGGCUAUAGCACGGGGCAAUAUGGGACCCGAUAGGUAGGCCCUCCGGCUGCCGAUGGAAAUGUUGGGCUGGUGUGUCUGGUAGCAUAGAGCAAGGUGUGUUGGAAAUCCUGCAAUGUUGCCAGGAGAGCUGGAUUCAUGUGAUACGGAAAGGAAAGGAUGGAGUAUAUGUAGCAGCCCCGGGCUCAUUGCGGCAUCGGGAGUUGAACUAGUUCAUGCCGCUAAGGGAGGAGCCUUAGAUGUUUCUAUGCAAAGCAGCAGCCAAUUGGUGUUUCUGGCUAGGAAUGCUGGGAGCUGAGGCUGUUCAUUGCACUCCCGACUGGGGUUGUGGGAUCCAAACAUCUGAAAGUGGCAUUUAGGGGGUGAUUUGCACUGUUGCACGUGGGCUUCGUGUCAAAUCCUGUAACACUGUUCCCAAUGGGACUGUUCACACUAGAGACUGCAAUAUAAAUGUACUUGGUAUCCCUACUAAGGUUAUUGUCACAGCCACUGUCCCAGCCAGAGAGGCCUCUUGUACCCCCAUUCUGUACCCCAUGGGGGAUCCCCAUACAUAUACACAUGGAACAUUCUGUAUCCCAUGGAGACUCCCCAUACAUAUACAUACGGAACAUUCUGUAUCCCAUGGAGGCUCCCCAUACAUAUACAUACGGAACAUUCUGUAUCCCAUGGAGACUCCUUGUACAUAUGGAACAUUCUGUAUCCCAUGGAGGCUCCCCAUACAUAUACAUACGGAACAUUCUGUAUCCCAUGGAGACUCCUUGUACAUAUGGAACAUUCUGUAUCCCAUGGAGACUCCUUGUACAUAUGGAACAUUCUGUAUCCCAUGGAGGCUCCCCAUACA